AGGAUGCUUUGGGUUUUACCAAAACAAAAGAUUUUACGAGAACUUCGCGGAGAAAAACGCUUUUCUUUUCCGUAUUUCGUCUGAUUGGUGUACGCGUCCAUUCCCAAAUUAUUGUUUCGAAAUUAUUUGCACGUAUCCUAUAUGGUCGGAGCAGUUGAAAUGGUGUGCAAAGGAACUUUGGAGAAAGACAAAGGACUGGUACCACAGCAAAACCAACCUGAGGAAGAGAUGGACCAGGAGGAUAUUUGGAUUUUUGGGUAUGGAUCUCUGGUGUGGAAGGCGGACUUUCCGUUCAAGGAAAAGCGGACGGGUUACAUAAAGGGUUUCCUGCGUCGGUUCUAUCAGAACAGCAUUGAUCACCGUGGCACACUUGAAAGACCUGGCAGGGUGGUCACACUGAUUCACUCGGAAAAUUCCGAAUCUCGUGUGUGGGGCAUGGGCUAUCGGAUCGCGGCCAAUGAAAAGGCAGAAGUACUGCAGCAUCUUGAUCACCGGGAAAAGAAUGGGUACGAGCGACAUCGGGUCCAAUUUUACCCUUACCCAUGGAGUGCGGAGCAGCUGAAUGAUCCGCAGCCGAUUCUGUUGUACGUGGCAACGCACGAUAAUCCUUCGUUUGCCGGUCUCAACGAUACGCUCGAAGAGAUCGCCGAGCAAGCGCUGGGGGCAGCUGGCCAAAGUGGACGCAAUCCGGAGUAUAUUUACAAGCUGGCGGAAGCAAUGCGCCAGCUGUACCCGGGAGAACAGGACGAACAUCUGUUCGAGCUUGAAAAGCUGCUUCUUAGCCGUGAUCCCGUGAUGCUGGAGCGCAACAAGCAGGAACCAGGAGUCGCGAACGAAGGCGACGCAAACCGAUCGGAACAGUGCAAAGAGGGUUAGUCACUACCGAAGGUGUGCUGCUGGCGGCACAGUGGACGCCGAAUUGUUUGCUUCUUGAAGCAGUAUAGUCUACGAGACGGUAAAUCGUGAUUUUGUCUACAUUUGCUAGUUUUGUUUUUAUUUUACUUUUUUGUGUGAAGAUUCGGAAGUAAGCGAUAGUAAAUUUUAUAUUGAUUCAGCA